CUGCCAUGGAUUCGAAUACAGACUGUUGUGUAGAGACAGUUGGGCGAGGUUAGGUGGAUGGGGGCGCAUCCCGACAAUUGUGCAGCCCUUUGCACCACCACGACGCACUUUUUCGGCCCCCCUAUCGUGUACUCUUGGCGAGACGCCUUGUCUCCACACACGGGACGUUUGGCGCGUCACGCCAUCAUUCAAUGCUCACAAGGCUGCGAAUGUCCAUGGCUGGAACAAUGGACAUUGUCUUGGAGAGACAGACGCCGACGGGGCAAUUGUAUGUGUGUAUGCUGAACGAUCGGCGUAAUCCUUGGUGACAAGCCUAGUCUCGAGUCGCGAGAGAGUGAGACAAGGGUAACGGGCUUCAUGAGUGGGCCAAUAAGCGGAUGCCUAGCCUAAUGACAUGAACAGAUAAUUGGAUCCUGAAUCCGUGUUACUUGGAUACUAUGUACCUACUGCCUGUCUGUCUGUCUGAACUCACCGACCGACUGCGGCUUCCUCACCUCCCAUCCCUUCUUCUCCCCUCAUCCCCCUCCCACCACUUUGACCCUCAUGCCCUGAUACGAACUCCCCGUUGCGGGCGCCUAUGUUGACCCGUCCACUCUUUGUCUUUUCCUCACCAUCUGUCGCUCCUCGCUCCUCCCGUCUCACUCCUCCACAUCCACUUUCACCAUGCUGGCUCCGAGUAGGCCUUACAACGACCGCAGCCGCUUGAGCCUCGCUUUUCACGCCGCCCAGAAUGUCCGCCUCGCUGUUUGGGUCACCGCCGCUACAAUCUCUAUUCUCAGCUCGAGAUAUCUCCUCGUCGAGUUGAAUGUCCACUAUCCCAUUCAUCUACAUCUGCUCCAGUUAGCAACCGCCAGUGCGAUUGCAACCGCAGACUUUUUGCAACGAGCUCCAUCGCAACCUUCGCUUUCAUCGAGCCAAGAACAACGACAGCAAUGGUUUCCUCUCACUAUCAUAGCAGCUCUCAUGGCCACGGCCACAUCGUUUAGCCUCCACGCCGUCUUACAUUCCCAAAACCUGCCCACGCUGACCAUGCUCGCUGUCAUUACCCCAGGCGUCCAAGCUUUAAUACAGUUGGUGCGACCUCACGGCUCGCAGACACGCUGGGAAAUAGCUCAAGUCGCUCUUGUCGCAAUCGGAUGCCUCGGAAUCCUUCUCGGCGAAUACAGGCUGCUCGUUCCUGUUCUCGAAUCCGCAAUCCCAGCCGUACUCAUCGCCGGCGUCGCGCGCGCAUACAAUUCCAUGACCACAAAGAAUGCCGGCGUUACACACGACUUACAACGGCUGAGGCUGCUCUUCUGCUGCACCGGGUUCCUCAUCACGGGUAUAUGGGCGCUUGCUCGUCGGGACGAAUCAUGGAGGCUUUUCUUCCAUGCCAUGCGAUUCUGGGAUGUUCCUUUGUUGAUCGUAAACUGCGCAGCGACCGCGACAGCUAUGCUUUUGGGGCAGUCAUUCUUGUUUCCGCUGAGCGGUUCCAUGAACGCAGUCAGCGAACCCCGAGCUGACGACACGAUCGGUGAGAUGCUGGCUCUUGUGACUAUGACUGGAACAGUUGGAUUGUGGUCGACUCUCAUACUCCGGCGCUCGUAUAUGUCUUGGACCCAAUUCUGGUUUUUCCUUGUCGCAAUCAUCUUCGUUAGCAGUAAAGUCCUACUCCCCUCAACUCGCGAUCGGCGGAAAAUAUACAGCGUCGUACCCAGUGGUCCUACAUCGCAUUACGUAGACAGCGAGGACAACGACGUUGUGGACAUGGCCGAGCCCAUCGAUAGCAAAGGGCCCCAAAGAAAUGUUUUCCGCCGUAUCUCCAGUUUCAUUCUCGCAGUCGCUAUUCCCUCGAUAUGGAUUAUGUUUUUAAUUAUGAACUUUUCACACCGGGUCCAUCAGGAUGUAGCUGCACAAAAGCCGUUGCUAGAUUUGGAUUACACCCCUUCGACAGGCAUCGAAAUGGUGAUCAGCAUGUACAAAGAACGAGUUGAUGAGGUGGCUCGUCUCAUUUCGACCAUCAGAGCGAUGCCGAAACUCCGGGGAGCCUCGGUGCACAUCUAUGUUAAAGAUAAUGGGACAGAUGUGGAUUGGAUUCGCAUGGGAACGGGAGCAAACAACGUGACGCUCAUCCCAAACAUUGGCCGAGAAGGCGAGACGUACCUGUACCACAUCCUACACAACUGGAACUCGCUCGCCAAACACACUUUGUUCCUUCAGGCAGAUGUGCACAACCCGCGCGAGUUCUACCCUCGGAUCCGCGACUACUUCGAUCCUGUGCGCACGGGGAUGCUGAACCUAGGCUGGUCAGGCCAGGUCUGCAAUUGCGAUUCUUGCGGCGACCGCUACGGCUUCGAAGACACGACGCACUUGUUCCCCGACCUGCACUCGCGCAUAUCCAACACCACCACCUGUGACAAGGUACUCCUCUCCUACAAAGGACAGUUCAUCGCCUCAGCAAAACGUAUACGCGGUAUCGACAAGGCCAUCUACGCCGACGUCCACGACGCCUUUGUGAACCCAAACAGCUGGGCGCAUCAGCAAGAGUAUCUGCAGGGUAGAACUGACCCGAUGAGCGCGCCCGUAUUCGGAUAUACGGUAGAGAGGAUCUGGAAUCUGCUUAUGCAGUGCAACGACAUGGAAGUCGCGUGGAAGUGCGCGAGUCUUGUCAGCGGGAAACGGUCGGGCGGCAACACUGAGGAUUGUCAGUGUUUCGACCCUGUUUUGGCGCCCGGUGGCAAAGGCAGGGAUACUGUGUCGUCGCCGUCGGAUGAAUGA